AUGAGAAAGGAUCCACCUCCUGCUCCUCCAGAGUCUAACGAGUCGGCGGACAUGGAAGUCGACAACACCAACGUUCGCAAAGCCAGCAAGUUGCGCUGCUUCAAUUGCCAAGGUUUUGGGCACUUUGCGGCUGCGUGCCAAAAGCCGAAAAAGAAGAUCUCGGGUGAUGGACCUCCAGGCAAGCAAAACAACCUAGAAGUCGAAGAAGCACCAAGCGACAAAGAUGUGGAGUACAUCACGUUUGGCGCCAUGGAAGAAAACGGUGCUGAAGGCGUUGCGGUGUCGAAAGCGCAAGUCGGACGAAGUCCGGAGAGCGGCAGAGCGCCAUUGAUGAUAAAGUCUGGCGUAAUGAAUGGCAAAGUCGUGAAAAUUCUUAUUGACUCGGGAGCACCGAAUUCGCUCUGUCGAGUCGGGUUGGGCAAACAUGUCAUUCGCUCCAAGGCUGUUCACAUCUCGGGCUACGACGGACUGAUGUCAGUACUGACAGAGACGCGCGAAGUGAAGGAAACGGUGCAGAUUGGCACGUUCACGUUUCAUGACACGCAGCUCACGGAAUGGGACUUGAAGGACAAAGCGUUUGACGUCAUCCUGGGCCAACCAUGGUUCAAGAAGCACAAUCCAGUCAUCGAUUGGCGCAAGCACGACAUCAUGUCGGUUGACGAG